GUUCCCUCAGUAGCAACCACAAGUGCCUUCCACUACGUCUAUCUCAAUAUGCCUCGUCCCCUAACACCCUUACUUUUCGUAAGGAUGUUAGGGGGCGACGCACAAGAAAUUGCAUAAGAGACUCCAUGGAUGGCCCACAUAGAAAAGAACAGGAGUCGUCAUCACAGAUAGCAACGAUGCACGAUAAUCUUCCACGUGCCGACUAAAGAAACUGCGAUAACCCUGGAAGCCUGUAUCCAAGCAUCACGGACACAGAAAACACUGCCCUGUCUGCCGUUGUCAGCAUUCCACCUGCGGUGACAACCACAUCUGGGUGUAGGACGUGGUAUGUCUGGAACUGCUGCCCUCGACUUCAAAAGCAGGGUCCCGACAGCGUUCAUAGUUGGCUUGUGGCAGUUGCGUGCGCAAUGUCAUCGUUCUUUGCACUGGCUGGCUGGCGUUCCCUUGGGUUCCUGUUCGUCGCUAUACAAGAGACCUUCCAGGUCAACAGGACAGACGGCUCGUGGCCAAUAGUUGUACUUGGCGCACUAGGUUACAUGGCAGGCUUCAUCACGGGACCUCUAGCUCAGAGAUUCGGUGGUCGUCCGGUGAUAAGUUUGGGAGCAGCAAUAUCAAGCAUCGGCCUAAUGUUGAGUUUUUUUGCCACAACUAUUGGUUUCCUGACAUUUUCAUUGGGUGUUGUACAUGCCAUCGGAACGGGUAUGGUGUUCAUAGUAGCCCCCACCAUUGUCAGCGAGCACUUCGUCAAGAACUUGGGCCUAGCAAUGGGCCUCAACUACGCCGGCGUAACCGCGGCCCUUUUUGUGUUUCCUAAGCUGCUCGAAUACCUGGUCGCUGGAUAUGGACUGCACGGCGCCCUUUUUAUCUGUGGUGCCAUCACCAUGAACGGACUUGCCUUUAGCAUAUUCACUGGGAGGCCGACUUGGCGUGUGGUUGCUGCCGGGGAGAAUCCUGUUUCAACCAAGCUGCCUCCGAAAGCAACGGAAGCUGAAAGGAGCCACGAGUUGUGCCACGCACUGACAGUAUUCAGAAGCCCCAUGUUUUAUCUCAUAAUGUACAGCUUCAACGCCUACUGCAUGUCUUUCGAUUUGUACAUGUCAUUAUUCGUGGACUUCGCCUCUGAUCGAGGGGUGACAGUGGCGACUGCUCUAAGUGUAAUGGCUGCUGGAGCAGUGUCCGAGGGUGUUGGACGAUUCACGCUGCCGAUGGCCGUUGAUCGAAGCUUGAUAACAAACAAUGUUGCUCUCAUGCUGACAUUGGGCGCGGAGGCAGUGGCGUUUCUUAUGCUACCUUUUCUGCACAACCACGGCCUCAUCUUUGCGGUGGUCAUUGUAAUUGGCUUCAUCAUUGGUACUGCUAUAGUUUUCUUCCCGGUGACUCUGGACUAUUACUUCGGACAUGAGAAGAUGUCGAUCGCCUUUGGGAUCGUCGUCGCAUCAGCCGGAUUGCAGUCAUUUGUGAGGCCAUCAUUGAUAGGCCACUUCAGGGACCGAGGAGGCGCCUACGACUGGCUAUUUAUCAUAUGUGGAGUUGUCAACGUGGUUGCUGCCGCUCUUUGGAUGGUGGCUCUGGCGUGGGAGAGCAGCAGAAGAAAGAGCAUGGCACUUGUUGAAAUCACACCUGCGUGCGCUGUUAUUACUAAAACAAUUAGCAACUAAUGAAAACCCAAAGUUACAAUUCAAUGUCAGCGAUGGUGUUAUACAUAAAGUGCAAUGAAAACCCCUCUAUUGUUAAUGUA